CUGGGACUCCAUUUCCCAGGCGGCCGCGGGCGCGACCGGAAGCGCCGUGCGUCUAUAAGAGGAAGGUGGCGCGGCUCGCCUUCCCUGCGGCGGCGGUGCCGGGCGCGCGGGGCGCGGAGGGUUCCCGGCUGCUUGGGCCUGGAGUCCCGGUAGCCGCGGCGCCGGGUGGCGACGGAGGCGGGCCUCGGAGACCCCUGCGACCCACCGUGGUUCGGGGGUGAGAAGGAGCUCGAGUGGGGAGUUCGGGGAGCUCGAGUGCUGGGUCCACUACCGCCCUGCCUUGCGCGGUCGCUCGCUACCCUUCCCUUGGCCUCAGCUUUCCCUUGUAGGAAACGGGACGCCGUCGUCUGUGCCCUUCCUCCUGCAGGUGUGGUGUGGUUGUACGGGCACGAAAGCUCUUCGGAAGUCGCUGGCAGCAAGCGGAGCCCGUCGCCCUAAUUGUCACCCGAAGGCUAGCUGGGACCAGUAAGCGGCCCUUCGUCCCCGCAGAGGGCUCUGGGGUAGGGGAUCCGGGCUCCCGGAGCCGUUCUCGGGGCACCAGAGCCAGACCCGAGCAGCCCGAGCAGCCCGAGCAGUCCGCAGUCCGGGAGGGCGGGGCUGUCAUCCCUGCGGCGCUAAGGAGCGCCUUGCUUUUCUACCUCCCGAUUGGAAUCUAGGGAACCCGACUUUGCAGAAGCUGCGUUCGGACUCGAGGAGUCCUUGGAGCUGAGGGAAGCGAACCUGGGUUCCUGUACCGGCUGUGCCACUCACCGUGGCCAAGCCACUUUCCUUCUUUGGGUCCCAGUGAUUUUGAUCUGUAAGAGAAGAGUUUAGGACUUGAACCCGAAGUCUGAUUCUCAGGAUUCCCAAGCCCUCCACCAUUCAUCUGGGAAGUGGGGGCAACAAACUGGCUUUCUGUUCCUUCAUCCACUUGUAGUUCUAAAUUUUAAAAGAAAAGGAAGUCAUGAAAGAUAAUUGUCUGAUGGAUCCAACCUGCUGACCAGGUGCUUCAUGCUGACUUCACUGGGGGAUGACUGAACAUCUGGUGACUUGAAACUUUCUCUGCUCUUACAGAGACUAAGGGGACACCUCUGAAGCUGGGUGGCAAAUCUCUGAGCUCUGUAGUUGAGCCACAAAACUUCUAUGAAGAUGGUGGUGUUAUGGUGUUAUCUACCCUCAGCCUUAUGGAACUUUGUUUUUCCCCCAGCCCCUCGAGUCUUCUCUUCUCAGUGAUUACUGCCAACUUGGGUCACAUUGAGCAUUCAGUGUCUGUUUCUGUUUCUAGUUAGGUGGACACCUGCCAUGGAGUGAGUUGGCAUGGCAUAGUAUCAGGGCUACCAAGAGGCCUGGCCUGGCAUGGAGGCCACAAGCUUCAGGCUGUAGCUUAUAGGUAGGAUGGACUGCUGUGACAAUAGUUGAAUACUUUGCCCUUACAAGGUCCUCAUGGACAUUUUCUCACUUGCUCUUCUGACAGUCUAUGGUCAAGGAAAAAACAGGAGCCUUAAAGCCAAACAGACAAGGGUUUGAAACUUCCUGCCCAUUUCCUGGGUCCUAAUGCUGGCAUUUAAUCUUCCUGAGCCUUAGUUUCCUCAUCUAUAAAAUGGAGAUGAUAACUUCUCACAGGAGCAAAUGAGAUCAUGGGUUCUAGUGGGGUGUCUGCUCAUGGCUGCUCUUCAGUGUAUUCUCAUUACCAUGCUUUUCUUUCAGAUGAGAAGAAUGAGUCCUACCAAUGCUAAGUGAUUUGCUCAAGGUGCCCCACUUCAUAAGAAUUGGAGCCUUGGCCAUCACUCUGUCAGUCUGCCACUAAGUCUACAGGGAGCACCUAAUCAGAAUGGCUGUGGGAUGGUUCUACUUGUCCUUUUACUCACUGUGGUUCCUGGGCUUGAUGUGCAUCAUCCUCACCAUCUAUUGGGUGCAGUUGUGGCAUGGUGGCUUUGCCUGGGAUGGCACCCUUCUCAUGUUCAACUAUCAUCCAGUAUUCAUGGUUGUUGGCUCAGUGGUACUCUACAGUGCUGCGUCACUGCUGUACCGCCUGCCGCAGUCGUGGGUGGGGCCGAAGCUGCCAUGGAAGAUCGGCCACGCCAUGCUGCACCUGCUGGCCUUCAUCCUGACCGUGCUGGGGCUGGUGGCCGUCUUUCAGCUCCACCGCCGCUCCAGGAUCACCAAUCUCUACUCCUUGCACAGCUGGCUGGGCAUUGUCACCGUCUUCCUUUUUGCCUGCCAGUGGUUCUUGGGCUUUGUUGUCUUCCUGCUGCCCUGGAUGUCCGUGUGGCUGCGCAGCCUCCUUAAACCCAUCCACGUCUUCUUUGGAGUCAUCAUCCUGUCUCUGUCCAUCGCAUCUGUCAUUUCUGGCAUUAACGAGAAGCUUUUCUUCAGUUUGAACAAUGCCACUGAACCAUACACCAAUCUGCCCAGUGAGGCUAUCUUUGCCAACAGCCUUGGGAUGCUGGUGGUGGUCUUUGGGCUACUGGUGCUCUAUAUCCUCCUGGUUUCAUCUUGGAAACGCCCAGAACCAGGGAUCCUGACUGAGGGACAGCCCCUGUUGCGUGAUGGGGAGUGAAGCAGGAAGGGGCACCCAGGAGCAGGUGGAGGUGCUUCCCCUCAGAAGCUCUGCUCUGCCUGGGGCUCCUGUCUGGUUUCAGCGACAGACCUGCCUUGGGCUCUGGGCCCCAAUCUCUUCUGGCCUCCAUGUGGUGGUGGAGGGGGGUGGGGGGGGAGUCUGCUCAUUCCACCAAUUUGCUGCCCACCCUCCUUGCUUGGUGGCUUCGGCUUCUGUACUCCUUCCUGGCGUCACUUUCUUGGGUUCCUCAUUCACUGUGGCCUCCUCCCUGCACCACAGCUGCUCAUGCUGCCCCUGCUUUCUGUGUGGUCAGGCUGAUUCCCCCUUUAGACCCCAAGGAUGUGACAGAAAAUCUUGACAGCUCAAAGGAGCCAGGAGUCAAGGGCAAUCUGUAUGUGAAGAGUGAGGUAUCUGUAUCUACACCAAUCUGUAUGAUAAUGGUGUCCAGCAGCUUUCCCUUAAAGGCAUGUGUUUCAUUUGAGCCGCCCCCACCGUGGGGUGGGCAUCAUCAGCCAUCAUCUCCAUCCAGCCCACCAAGAUGUGAGGCUGGGCACAAACAUCUUGAGGUGAUGGAAGUAUGGGGGGAGAAUGGCAGCAGAGCAGCUUCUGCAGAGAAGCUGAGCAGCUGACUGCUCUUUGCUGUUCUGUUUCAUGUUGCCAUGUUCCCUGUCUGCCAACAUUGUGACCAUGUGGCUCUGCUUCUUCUGCUACAGCUCUGGCCUAGAUCCUGGCCUCCCCUAUGACUUACAUGCCCGUCACGGUCAGGCAGCCUGAUGAACCCUGGUAGCCUCUUUUUCCAACAACAUCCUGUCCAACAGGGAUGAUCCUCAAGGGUGCUUCAGAUUUCCUUUGCUGCCCCUCACCAGAUCAGGGCCUCUCUGCCUGUCCCGGGCAGGCUCAGCUUCGCUCUUUUGGCAAAGUGCCAACCCAGCUGAUUUUUCACUCUCCCGCUCACCAUAAAAAAGCCAAAGUUGUGGUACAUUGUGCCCAGCGGACCCCCAGGGGCCACAGCCACUUUCCAAGGUGCUGAGUAUCAGACUGCCUCAUCUCCCCCUCUGGUGACUUGCUUGGCCAAACCCAGUCUCCUGUUAUGCCAGAGGGUGAACAGCUGCUUGCCUCUUGAGGAGAAGCUGGGGUUAGGGUGAGGACGGGAGAAAUCUUGUUCCUCUCUUAAGUGAUGGCACUGUGGCUUUUCCUGCCCUCUCCAAAUGAGCCCUGCCAGGUCCCAGGCUCCAUACUGCUGUGCUUAAUGACAAGUGGCACAAUACCUGGGGGCUGGGAUGCAUUUACCCUUGGCAGGUGGAGAGGAGGCUGGCUGUCCACUCCAACCCCACACGGCCCGGUGUCAGCAGGACUGUGACUGAACUUCCGAGUGAUGGACCCUUUGAAGCCAUUGGGAUAACUGCCAGACACCGGUCAUGUGACCAGCGCCCCCUCUUUCCACAUGGGUAGGCCUGUAACCUGAAGCUUGAUUUCCAUUUAUCAUGUUUUUAAGAAACAAAGCAUCCUCUAUUGUAAUGA